CGGGGCUGCGUUUUGGUUCCGGGGCAGCGGCUCCUUCCUGCGGGAGGGCGGUGCAGGCUGUGCCCGGCCCGGCCCGGCCCGGCUCGGCCCGGCGGCCGCAGCAUGUGAGCCCGCGGGGCGGGGAUGCUCUGGCUGCUCUGCGGCCCCUGCGGCGCCAUGGACAGCCAGGCGCUCGUCAUCCGCAUCAAGAUCCCCGACGGAGCCGCCGUGGACUGGACCGUGCACUCCGCGCCGCAGCUGCUCUUCAGGGAUGUGCUGGAUGUCAUUGGUCAAGUUUUGCCAGAUGCAACCACCACAGCAUUUGAGUAUGAGGAUGAGGAUGGCGAUCGGAUCACGGUCAGGAGCGACGAGGAGAUGAAGGCCAUGCUGUCCUAUUAUUACUCCACUGUGAUGGAGCAGCAAGUGAAUGGACAAUUGAUAGAGCCUCUGCAGAUCUACCCACGAGCCUGCAAACCUCCUGGGAAACGGAACAUACAUGGCCUCAAGGUGAACACGCGGGCCGGGGCCGGGGCCGGCAGCGGCGCCUCAGAGGCCCUGCCCAGCAACAGCUUGAAGAAGUCCUCUGCAGAGCUGAAGAAGAUCCUUGCCAAUGGCCAGAUGAAUGAACAAGACAUUCGAUACCGAGACAUCCUCGGCCACGGCAACGGCGGCACCGUCUACAAGGCUUACCAUGUCCGUAGUGGAAAAAUCCUGGCAGUGAAGGUCAUACCCUUGGAUAUAACACUGGAGCUCCAGAAGCAGAUCAUGUCAGAGUUAGAAAUUCUUUACAAGUGUGACUCCUCGUAUAUCAUAGGAUUUUAUGGUGCUUUUUUUGUAGAAAACAGGAUUUCAUUGUGCACAGAGUUCAUGGAUGGGGGGUCUCUGGAUGUUUAUAGAAAAAUUCCAGAACACGUUCUCGGAAGGAUAGCGGUGGCUGUUGUGAAAGGCCUGACCUAUUUAUGGAGCCUGAAGAUUUUACACAGAGAUGUGAAGCCCUCCAACAUGCUGGUGAACACGCGGGGCCAGGUGAAGCUCUGUGACUUUGGGGUCAGCACCCAGCUGGUGAAUUCCAUAGCCAAGACGUAUGUUGGAACAAAUGCUUAUAUGGCGCCCGAGAGGAUUUCGGGGGAGCAGUACGGGAUCCACUCGGACGUCUGGAGCCUGGGGAUCUCCUUCAUGGAGCUUGCUCUUGGGAGGUUUCCAUAUCCUCAGAUUCAGAAAAACCAGGGAUCUUUAAUGCCUCUCCAGUUAUUGCAGUGCAUUGUUGAUGAGGAAUCGCCGGUGCUUCCAGCCGGGGAGUUCUCGGAGCCAUUUGUGCACUUCAUCACUCAAUGCAUGAAGAAGCAGCCGAAGGAAAGGCCAGCACCUGAAGAUUUAAUGGGCCACCCCUUCGUGGUGCAGUACAACGACGGCAAUGCCGAGGUGGUGUCCAUGUGGGUGUGCAGGAUGCUGGAGGAGCGCCGGGCGCAGGGACCCCAGUGAGCCCCGGAUCCCCACGCCAGGAUCUCCACCUGGGGACUCUCCGCUUAUCCAGCUCCUGUUUCAUCCAGCUGUUUCCUAGGAGCAUCGACAACAUCAGGGCUGCCUUUUCCUCACCGCCACGUUAAGGAAUUUU